GGCGGAGAGAAGAGGUUUCUGCGAUGCCGGUAAACCCUAGCAACGGCGGAAUCGAGGAAGAGAAGAUGAAGAAGAAGGCGAAGGUGGUGGUCAUAAUGGGGCCCACGGGAUCAGGAAAAUCGAAGCUAGCCGUAGACUUGGCGUCUCACUUCCCGGUGGAGAUCAUAAACGCCGACGCAAUGCAGAUCUACAGUGGCCUCGACGUUCUCACGAACAAAGUCACCAUCAACGAGCAGAAAGGAGUGCCUCAUCAUCUACUUGGGACGGUGAGCCCAGAUAUGGAGUUCACUGCUAAGGACUUUCGAGACUCCGCCAUUCCUCUUAUUGAAGAGAUCAUUUCUCGCAACCACGUUCCUGUUCUUGUUGGAGGAACUAAUUAUUAUAUACAGGCUCUUGUCAGUAAAUUUCUUCUUGAGGAUUCAACAGAAGACAGUGAUGAGUGCUGUUCAAAUGUUGCUCCAGGCUUGGAUGUGGAGUCUAUCUCUGGGAGAGAUGAUUUGAGCCAUGGCUAUGACCUUCUUAAAGAGCUUGAUCCUGUGGCAGCAAACAGAGUUCACCCUAAUAAUCACAGAAAAAUUAAUCAAUACCUGAGCUUGCAUGCUAGCAGAGGAGUUCUUCCAAGCAAGCUACAUCAGGAAAACGCUGCAGAGAACUGGGGAUGCAUCGAUGCCUCCUCUCGAUUUGACUACUGUUUGAUAUGUAUGGACGCUGAAACCACGGUGCUGGACGAAUACGUUGGACAAAGAGUGGAUUCCAUGGUAGAUGCCGGACUACUUGACGAAGUCUAUGACAUCUACAAACCAGGAGCUGACUAUACCAGAGGCCUAAGGCAGUCUAUAGGCGUCAGAGAGUUUGAAGACUUCCUGAAAACGUAUCUCCCAGACACAAAUAGCUCCGCUAAUGAUAAGGCCUUGAAGGAGAAUCUGAGGAAGAUUCUUGAUUCUCCAAAAGAUGAUAAGUUGAGGGUUAUGCUGGAGGAAGCAAUUGAUUGUGUCAAGCUAAAUACCAGAAGGCUCCUACGUCGUCAAAAAAGGAGAAUCAAUCGGCUAGAAACGGUCUUUGGCUGGAAUAUCCAUCACGUUGAUGCAACAGAGUGCUUACUAAGCAAAUCAGAAGAUUUAUGGGAUGCGCAAGUGGUUAAAUCGGCUGCAGAGAUUCUCCAGUCUUUCCUGGAAACAGAAACUGAGUUGGGUCAUGAUUCAACCUUAAGAAAGUCAGUGGAAAGAGAUCUAUGGAGUCAAUACGUUUGUGAGGCUUGUGGAAAUAAGGUACUAAGAGGAAGACACGAGUGGGAUCAUCACACACAAGGUCGUGUACAUCGUAAGAGAACCGCACGAUUUAAAAAAACUCAAAAUUUCAAAAACAGAGAGAAGCAACAAGAAGAAGAAGAAGUGGGGAUUUGCAGAGGGACAUCGUGAAAACUGAAAAACGUUCAUUAUGUUCAUAUUGGACCCAUUUAAAAGAAAAAGCCCAUCAAGGCAUUAUUACAAUUAUUAAAGAUAAUAUUUUGGUGUUUGCAAAAUUGUAUUCAUCUAUGGCAUUUCAAUUUUUUUUAAUCGUUGUAAAAUUGAAUGUUUACUUUUUAAAACAGUUAUAUAAUCAGAGCCAAAAAAGAG